UAUGCCAAGUUCAACAUUAUUGAAGUUUCAGCAUCCAAGAUCUCGCGUUCGUACAAGAAUACGCCUCACGGAUGCUUGUAUCCUUCAUGUACAAUGCUCUACAGAAAGGUCAUUGAACUAUGGAAUUGACCUCAAGCUUCUCCAACUGUUACUUUGGAUACUGCAUUGAAGUGUGGGGCAUUGCAUCCGGAUGUAUGGGGCCACCGAAUCAAACCUCUGGUCAACUAUACAAUUAUUCUUCAGAUCUAUAUUUUCCAAAGGACCGGAAGGAUGUGGAGCCUAUGUCUUUGGGGUAAGUAAUCACAGAUUAGCCAGUGUUCUGGCGAAGGAGUGGUACUCUCAGUCUCAGUCCGAUCCUUGGCGCUUGGUCUUGAACUGUGAAUAUUCUUCUCGUACACCUCUAGGAUAUCCGGAAGAUGGCUAUUCCUCGCAGCCAAAAGGAUUUCGGAUCGAGGACCAGGAGGCGAACAAAGGUUUGCGGAUCGUCCAACUGACACCGCGUCGGGAGAUAAUCGGCAGCCUGCAAGCGCAGCCACUGGCGCUGGGACUAGCAAAACCUACCGAGACUAGGGUCGCAUGGUCUUCCAUCAGAUAUCAAACGAAGCCUUGGGGAAAGGGAAUACCCGUCGAAUCUGAUACAGCACUACCUACUUCCCGUCCUCUGGCCCGGUUUAACAAUAAUGGUUCCUGAGGGUCUUCAGCCACUUUCUAGGUCUAGGCUUCGCAGAUCGCUUUCUGUCGGUCCAAUCUUGACACUGAGUCAAGAAUAUUGAGACACUGAUGAGCAAUUUGAGAAAUUGGUCAGGUAAUUACUCUUAUUGUUCUCUG